AUGACGGCCAAGGAGAUCACCGAGUUCGAAAAUGCAUGCGCGGCGAGGGCCAUGGUGGUGCCCCGCUGGUUGCCUGGGAACAUCGUUUUUUGGUACAGACGGAAUUUACCAUUGGAUAAGUGGCAAUUCAUCUUGGUGGAUUGCGCACGAGGCGCUGCUAAACCGGCAUUUGACCAUGCCGCUCUUGCGACCACGCUCGGCAGCGUCGACGGCGGCGCCAGCGAGUCGCUAGAUGCGGACCAGUUGCCCUUCACCUGGCUCAAUGUCGACUCGGACGGCGCCUGGGUGCGCUUCCACUACGCAGACAAGAUCUGGCAGUUUUCCGAGGCCAACGCGCUGGAGGUUUGGUAUGGAGAGUUUGAGAAGGACCAGUUUGAACAAGACUACGACAUAACGAAGCCCUCUCCGAGGACGUCGCCUGGUCAGUGUUCAGUGACCAUUGUUAAUCUGACAGGCGUCAUGCUCGGGUACUACUGGAUUGACCACGACGGCAACAAUGAGCGUCGCAUUGAUCAGGUGCUUCCCGGAAGCUCUUUCCCAUUUACAUCCCCGAUCGGCCAUAGAUUUCGCUUCUGGGAAGCCUCUAGCGGGCGUAACGUGGUGCUAGAGCUGAAGCAAGAACGUGGCAUUGUCAACAUCGAAGACCGGCGUGAGGGUUUGGGAGUAAGCUGGGACAAUGGUGGUGGCUGCGAGCCUGAGUCUCAAGCCAUCGAAACUGUAAGAAAACCAGACUAUGAGAUGUUUGUCCGACGGUACAAUCUGUGGAUGCGCAAAGAUGGAGUCGAGAUGCAGCUCUCCUUCGACGGCUUUGAGGACAACCGCUACCAGAACGCCUCUGUGUCGCCGAACGGGCGGUACGCUGUAGCGAUGCAAACUAGAGAAGGAUCUAGAUACCCCUUGGAGCUCAAAAACUCUGUGCCGGAUGAUCAGUUCCGUCCCAAGGUGCUGAGCCACCAUACCUACAAGAAUGGCUGGCGGAGAGCCGGCGACCAUCUUGAUACAGACCGACCUCACCUCUUUGAUAUGCAUGCACGACGUGAGAUAUCAAUUGAUGGUUCCUUGUUCUCGAAUCCCUAUCAAAUCCAACGUAUCGGGUGGUCAGACUGCGGCAACAAGUUUCGCUUCAUCUUCAACGAGCGUGGACACAAGCAUGUCCGACUGCUAGAAAUUUCCAGCGACGGCACCGUCAAGAUGCUGGUGGAGGACGGCAGCGACACAGUCGUCGACUAUAACCAGAAACUCUGGUAUAAGAUGUUGCCUGCGACAAACGAGGUUCUUUGGGCUAGCGAGCGCGACGGAUGGAACCACAUCUACCGAUUCGAUUUGUCAGAUGGAAGUCUCAAGAACCAGGUCACUCAGGGCGAGUGGGUGGUCAAGUCGGUGGAAAAUGUUAUCACAAAAGAGCAGAAGAUUUGGUUUACAGCAUGUGGCGUAAUUCCUGGCCAGGAUCCAUACUAUGAGCAUUUAGCCUGUGUCAAUUUUGACGGAUCCGACUUCCGACUGGUGACGAGCGAGGACGGAAUGCACAAUUGGAAGUUCAGCCCCGACCGCCGAUAUAUCAUUGAUGUAUGGUCCCGUGUUGACCUUUUACCGCAUACAUCUGUGGUAGAAGUGGCCACCUCUAAGCAGGUUGUGUUCCUGCAGAAAGAAGUCGUGGACCUAGAGCCCGCGGUAACGUAUGUACCGCCAGAGCGGUUUACCACCAAGGGCAGAGAUGGAGAGACGGAUAUCUGCGGCGUCAUCAUUCGCCCGCAUAAUAUGGACGAGACGAAGACGUACCCUAUUAUCGAGGUCAUUUACGCUCAUCCAUUCCAGUACUUUACGCCAAAGCGGUUUGCAGGCCUCGGCGGAUCUCGAAGGAGGGCGGGCGACAGCUACGUGGUUGUCUUGAUUGACGGCAUGGGGACCAACGGGCGCUCCAAAGCGUUCCGGGACGUCGCGUACAAGAACCUCAACGACGGGGGCUUCCCUGACCGGAUCGAGUGGAUGCAGGCCGCUGCUAGGACGCGGCCGUGGAUGGACAUUUCCCGCGUCGGCAUCACGGGAGGCUCCGCCGGCGGACAAAACGCGGCCGCGGCGGUGCUGCACCACAGCGACUUUUACAAGGCGGCCAUCGCCCUCUCAGGCUCGCACGACAACCGCAUGGGCGACUGCAAGUGGGCGGAGAUGUUUAUGAGUUGGCCGAUAGACGAGAGCUACGAGAGAAACUCCAACUGCGUGAAUGCGUGGAAGCUGGGCGGCGCGCUGAUGUUGGUGACGGGCGAGGUGGACAAUGUGGUUGAUCCGUCGACGACGAUGCGGAUGGCGAGUGCGUUGAUUGAUGCGGACAAGGACUUUGACCUGGUGGUUAUACCCAAGCACGGCCAUUUUAUGAAUGGCGUAGAGUGGCUGGCAAGGAAAGAGGCACAAUUUUGGGCGAGACAUUUGUUGAAUUAG